CUGGGCUGGCAGGACCUGUGUCUGACCUGGGACAGCAAGGAUGGCAGCUCCGUUGAUCAGGGGACACACUCAGUGAUGCUGUGGCUGGCUCUCUCCCAGACUCCUUAACUGUGUGUAAAAAGAGGGAAGGAUCCCAGCAAGGAAUAUGCUCCUGAGGUCCCUGCAGACACCCAGCACCCGAUCCGGCUGGUGGUGAUGCAGCAGGGCUCCCCUGGCACUCGCUGGGCAAAGGGGCUCAUCUCUGCCUACGAGAACCCUGCUGAUCUGCCUGGGAAAAGGACUACAGUUGUGUGAGGGACCCUGCCUGGAGCUCCAGUUCCUGCCUCUCUGCUAUGUUUACUCCCUGUGUGCAGAAGGAUCACGCAAUCCCCAGGUUCAUGAACCACCCAGCUCCAGCCAACAGCCGCUACAAACCCACUUGCUAUGAACAUGCUGCUAACUGUUACACACAUGCAUUCCUGAUUGUUCCUGCCAUCGUGGGCAGUGCCCUCCUCCAUCGGCUCUCCGACGACCGCUGGGAAAAGAUCACAGCAUGGAUGUAUGGGGUGGGGCUCUGCGCCCUCUUCAUCGUCUCCACCGUGUUCCACAUUGUUUCCUGGAAAAAGAGCCACCUAAGGACAAUGGAGCAUUGCUUUCACAUGUGUGACAGAAUGAUGAUCUAUGUCUUCAUUGCAGCAUCCUAUGCACCAUGGUUAAAUCUCCGUGAGCUGGGACCUCUGGCAUCUCACAUGAGAUGGUUUAUCUGGCUGAUGGCUGCUGGAGGAACCCUUUAUGUAUUUCUCUACCAUGAAAAGUAUAAGAUCGUUGAACUCUUUUUCUAUUUAGCGAUGGGAUUUUCUCCUGCUCUGGUAGUGACAUCCAUGAGCAACACCGAGGGACUGCAGGAGGUGGCCUGGGGAGGUUUGAUCUAUUGCCUGGGUGUGGUGUUCUUCAAGAGUGAUGGAGUGAUCCCCUUUGCCCACGCCAUCUGGCAUGUUUUUGUGGCCACAGCGGCUGCUGUCCAUUACUACGCCAUUUGGAAGUACCUUUACAGAAGUCCUGCAGACAUCAUUCGUCACUUAUGAGAUUAUACAAAAAAUAAUCUGCACUUGGCCUCUGUAACAGUAUUAUUUGACUUAAAGAAUUUGGGGGAAUUGGAAAAAUUGCACAGCAAAACUGCACUGACUUUGGUAGUUCUGUGAACACAAUUACUGUGAACUGAUGUUUGCGUCCUGCCAUUUCCCAUCACAUGGCAAGUGCUGUAAAUAACCAAGAUACUGUACUGCAAUAACCAAGAGUCCAUUCCACGUUAGCAGAACUGGCUACCUGAUGUUUACAAACAAAUUUUGUAUGCUAGUUUAAUUUUACAAUUUUUAACUACGUGAAUUUUUCUAAAUUAGUGAUUCAAAUGGUGAAGUCAGUGCAAUAGUGAAAACAUAAUGCUCUUGACGUGAAAUUGGUUUCUAUCACCUUUCCACUAGUCAUUUCUUAAACAUGAAGCAGAGACAGCUAAUCUACUUUACCACCCAUUAUCUUGGUAUAAUGUGACUUUUAUAGAAACUUUUCUGUGUUUUUUGUAAACUUUAAAAGUACAUUUAUUGAACUGAAGACACACAACUGUCAUCUAUGCAGUUAUUCAUGUUGCAAACUCUUGCAAGAAACGGUUACAUUCCACACCCUGUUCUGAGGAGCAAACAUUGUACCUCUUCUGAAGUUUGUGUUGCAGCUGUAGUUGUAAUAACCACUUUUACAAACUAAAACCUAAAUGUGAUUCUGCUGAGUUCUAACAUUGCAGCAUUCUGCUCAUUUACAGUACCACUGAACCAGACCUUAAGUUGGCUUUAUUUGUGAUGAAGAGCUGUAAAAGGAAUAGCUGAGGUGAUUUUCUCCUCCCAAGUUCCCAGCUGUACCCAUGCUGCCCAGGUAGGGGGCUCAUGUGGGGAAUAUCCCCCAUCCAAGCCAGGGCCACUCAUUUCCCCAGCCCACGUACACACACGUGGCAUUGAGACUUGGGCUUCAAAGGGGCUUAAACUGACAGGUCCCACCAGCUUUUGGUGGGGUGGGGGUGGUUCUACUGACUGGUCCCACCAGCUUUUGGUGGGGUGGUUCUGCUGGGAAACCCAGGUGGGAGCAGCAGGCAGAGCGUUGCUGAGCACCUGUAGCUCAGGGUUCUUCACAAGCACAGCCUGGCAGGGAGCCGAGCUUGGAGGAUGUGGUAGUGUGUCACUUGUCAUCCUGGAACUUCACACAGAGUCUAACUGGUCUUUGUUACUGUCUGUCUGUACAGGAAAUCCAACUGUGGUAGCAAGUCAUGAUUGUAGGACAUGUGCUCAAAUGACCAGUGUAGAAGAGUCAUUGUAAUCCUGUUUGUCCAAUAAUUGUAUCCCGUCCCACUAUGUAAUGAAUGUCUUAUAUUAAGAUUGACUUUAUCCUUUUUCUAAUUUACUCAGUUUUACAUCUCAGUAUUUAAAAACAAAACCAAAAUGUGUUGCCUUUUUCAGAUUUUGUUCUGGGUAUUGCCUGUCUGCAAACAAUAAAUAGCAAGAUAGGGAUGUUUCAAAAGUCCUGUUUCACUCAGAUUUGCCAGAGGGACGCAAGUUUUAGAAUAUUUACAUUUGUAUAGGGAAUUUACCAGAGGGACAAACUUUAAAUUCAAGACAUGGAAGAAUUGCUGUGUGGUGUAGCAGGUGAUCAGUGAAGUGGCAGCACCACAGCAAACUCAAACUGCCCCAAAAGAGAGCAGGUGGGCAGGUGAUUCUGCUACAACAGUCUUGCAGAUCUGGAUGCCUCAGUUUUUUAACAUUGUGUCUGUUUUAAUAUUUUCCACUUUUUGUGAGUCCAUAUAUUUUGUCGAAAUGCAGUACUGCUAAAACCACUAAAAUAUAUGUAAAAGUUUUCUGUAGUCAAAAGUUAAACUAUUGCUUGAAUAUGUUUGUUUUAAUUUUAAGUUAAUUUUUCAUGGCAUUUGCUUUUUGGAGUGUUUGAAAUGGUUUUUAAAAAGUUUCAAUUCGCCAAAAAUAUUUUGAAUUACUGUAUUCUAGUCAAUAUGAUACUGAAUGUACUAGACUAACAAUAAACAUUUGGUGCAAUUUGGA